GGCCGGGCAGCGUCUCUGCGGAGCGCUGGCUGAGCCUUCACCGGUUUGCAGAGGCUGCGGCAUCUUUUAAGUGCUUCGCAGUCCGCUCCCGCCCGGCUGCUGGUUGGUUGCGGGAGAGAGAUCGGGGGGGGGGGCCUUGGCGACUGCUGGGGCGAUCAGCCGACCCCGGGAAAUCCGCCGCCACCCUGCAGGGGCCUCCUCUCUUCCCCGCGCUCCCCCCACCCCCUGCCUUUGUCUUCCUGGGCCCCGCAGCCGGCUAGGGAAGAAGCCGUGGGUCAGAGAGGUGUGCGCAUUUGGGAAUGGCUUCCCACGCAGUCUUGCUCCCUUGGAGAGCAGAGCGGGACUUGUGGGAGAGAAAGCAUGCAUAGUCAGAGUCUGAGCUAAACCGAGGCUGCCUUGCUUUGCGCUUGGAUGGGAGACUACAUCCGCAGAAUGGCCUUCGUACCUGAUUCUAAAUGGAGUCCCUUUCAUAUCUGUCCUGGAGAAGCUACUGUGUGUCAUCGUCAGGGUCCAGUGUCCUUUGCGGAUGUGGCUGUGUACUUCGCAGAGGAGGAGUGGGCUCUGCUGGAUCCUGGCCAAAGAGCGCUGUACAGUGAAGUCAUGCUGGAGAAUUAUGGGAUGGUGGCCUCUCUGGCAGGUGGCGAUAACAUUGUGGAAGAUCCUGUGAGGAUACGAGGGGUGUUGUCCAAAAAAACCAGCCAUGAAAUGGAACUACAGACCUUUGGAGAUCAAGAGGGACAAAGGAGGCAGGAAAGAAUCGAAGCAGAUUUCCUAGACAUUCCAGCCCAACAAGAAUAUUGCAAUGGAAAUGGAGCGAAAAGAAAUCCUCUGUGUGUGAAACCUCUCAGUUGUAAAUCAAAACUCGAUACAUACUGUAGAACCCGAUUGGAGGAGAAGCCAAAUAUGUUCUCAGAGCAUGGGAAGAGCUUCAAUCAGAACUCACAGCUUAUCUCUACUCAGAUAGAGGAGAAUGCUGGGAUUCAAAACGGAUCAAAUAUGCAGGACAGAAACCAAAUGGAGACUUCAAGGGGUGAAUUGGAUGCUUGUCAGAGUGGGGAUUUCCACCUCAUCCCAAGUAUACAAGAACAAAAGAAUGGAAAGAAAGGGGGAAAUUGCUAUGUACAGGCAAAGAACUUCAGCAGUCGUUUAAGCCUUAAGGCACAUCAGAGAAACCAAAUAUUGUACAAAUGCUUGGAGUGUGGAAAGAGCUUUAGUCGGAGCUCAAACCUUACAACUCAUCAAAGAAUCCACACAGGGGAGAAACCAUUUAAAUGCCUGGAAUGUGGGAAAAGCUUCAGUCACAGCUCAGCCCUUUCGAGGCAUCACAAAAUCCACACAGGGGAAAAACCUUUUAAAUGCCAGGAGUGUGGAAAGAGCUUUAGUCGGAGCUCAGUCCUUAUAACUCAUCAGAGAAUCCACACAGGAGAGCAACCAUUUAAGUGCUUGGAGUGUGGAAAGAGCUUCAACCAGAACAUCCAACUUACGUCCCAUCAGAGAAUCCACACAGGUGAGAAACCUUUUAAAUGCCUGGAGUGUGGAAAGAGCUUUGGUCAUAGUCAACUCCUUAGUAGCCAUCAAAGAAUCCACACAGGGGAGAAACCAUUUAAAUGCCUGGAAUGUGGGAAAAGCUUCAGUCACAGCUCAGCCUUUUCUAGGCAUCACAAAAUCCACACAGGUGAAAAACCUUUUAAAUGCCAGGAGUGUGGAAAGAGCUUUAGUCGGAGCUCAGCCCUUAUAACUCACCUCAUAUUCCACACAGGGGAGAAACCAUUUAAAUGCCUGCAGUGUGGAAAGAGCUUUGUGAGCAGCUCAGACCUUACUAAGCAUCAAAGAAUCCACACAGGGAAUAAACCAUAUACGUGCCUGGAAUGUGGGAAAAGCUUCAGUCAUAGCUCAGCUCUUGGUAGGCAUCACAAAAUCCACACAAAUGAGAAACAUUUUAAAUGCCUUGUGUGUGGAAAGAGUUUUGGUCAGAACUCAGCCCUUACAACCCAUCAAAGAAUCCACACUGGAGAAACUAUAUAAAUGCCUGGAUUGUGAAAAGAGCCUUGGUUGAAGUGAACACCUUGGUACCCAUCACAGAUUUCACACGGGAGAAUGCCUGGAGUGUGGAAAGAACUUCAUGAGGAGCUCAGGCCUUACAAGCAUCAAAGGAUACACACAAAUGGGAAACUUUUUAAAUGCUUGAAGUGUGGAAAGAGCUGUAUUCAGAAGACCAACCUCAGUAACCAUCAGAGUUCAAACAGGACACACCCCUUUAGGUGAAACACUUUAGGCAGAGCAAGGACCUUGCAUUCUAUCUCGGAGGGCAUGCCAUGGAGUUACCUCUUGUGAUUUCCCCCUCACUAUAUUCUUUCUUGAUAUUCUUUAUAAAGCUGCCUUGAAUGAAUAAGUUCCACAACAAUAUUAAUAUAGCACAGGAUUCCCUCAUAUGGUGUCUGAUGGCAAUCCAGGAGAUAGAAACUGCAACUAUUGGUCCACAUAUUCCAAAUUUAUUUUAUUUCUCAGAAGAAUCCCCUAACUGACUUUGGAAUGUAACAUAUAGAAAUUAACUUCAAAAGGGCUUCUGGGUUUAGUUUCAGGAAAAAAAUGUGCAUUUUUUCCAAACAUUCUUAUCAUUUGUUCAUAUCUAAUCUUGUGUGGUUGCAUUUAGGGGAAACUCACCUUAGCCACAUCCUGUACUCCUAAGUGAAACAGAUCAGAUUAACUUAUGAUUAUUUUUAUGAAAAAGAUGGAAAGACAUUUAAUGAAAGACAGGUGGGUGGGGGGCGGAUCACCAGAGAGACUUCUUAAUAUUCUCAGAUGAAGUAAUAAGGCUGUAAUCACCUCAAAAUCACACUUGAUUGCAUUUUCCAGACCAUACAUAAACAUUUUUUUAAAAUGGACAGACCAGCUUGCUUUAGAGUGGAUCUUAAAUAAGUGAAAUGCUGAGGUGGCCCUGGAAAUUUCAAGUGAACAUUCCACAGAUGUGUGGAAGAUACAAUAUCAUUGCAGGGUGUUAAACUAGUAAAACCAAUCAACAGUUAAAUAGAAUACAUCGUUUCUGAUAUUCACCUAGUAUUACUUAUAAAAGUGUCAAUGUUCUAAAAUCAAGUAUUUGAAGAACUGCCUUCUUGAAUCAAUCUCAAUUGCUCAUUUAGCAGGGGGAGAGCAACUGGCCCAAUCCAGCCCCAGCACAGCAUCCCUCCAGUGGCUGUUGCUGGUAUCUUCCUUAUGUUUCUUUUUAGACUGUGAGCCCUUUGGGGACAGGGGACCAUCUUAUUUAUGUAUUAUUUAUUUUUCUAUGUAAACUGCUUUGAGAACUUUGGCUGAAGUGCGGCAUAUAAAUAAUAGUCGCCGUCGUAGUUUCUGUGUUUUAAGUAUUGUGUCCUUUCUGUUUGAAUUGUGAUUCUGCAUCAUGUUUAAAGUGAAGAUUUAUAAAAUAAAACAUUCUCAUGCGUUGGUA